AUGCCUGCGCACCGAGGGAGCUCACAUAGAUACAAGGGGGUGGUGAUCGAGACGAAAGGACUGUCGGAGGAGGAAGUGGUUCCAGUCCCGUCUGCCUUGAGAUAUAAGAAUGAAAGUCAUGCGCCAUUUCCAUCCGUCUUCACAUUGUUCCCCCUUGCUCCUCUCCCUCCUCCGUUACCUUUACCUUUAUCUUUACGGAUAGUUUCAGAUAUGAGCGCAGAACGAGUUGCGUUUGAGCAGGAAGUUAGGGAGCUUGAGCAGCGUUGGCAGGGCGAGCGCUUUUCACGUGUUAAACGACCAUACACCGCUGCUCAAGUCGUCUCCAAGCGCGGGACGAUUCCCAUUUCCUACCCGUCUGAUAUUCAAGCCAAGAAGCUGUGGAGGUUGUUGUCGGAGCAUUGGAAGAAUAAGACGCCGUCGCAUACUUAUGGAGCACUUGACCCGGUGCAAGUGACUCAGAUGGCAAAAUACUUGGAGACGGUGUAUGUCUCUGGGUGGCAGACUUCGAGUACGGCUUCGAGUACGAACGAGCCAGGUCCGGACCUCGCAGACUACCCCUCUAACACCGUCCCCAACAAAGUCGAACACCUCUUCAUGGCCCAACUUUUCCAUGACCGCAAACAACGGGAAGCCCGUCUCCGCAUGUCCGACGCCGAACGUGCCUCAACUCCCGCGAUAGACUAUCUCCGCCCCAUUAUCGCCGACGCAGAUACAGGUCACGGAGGUCUCACAGCAGUGAUGAAACUCGCGAAGCUCUUCGUCGAAAAGGGCGCCGCGGGGAUUCACAUUGAGGACCAAGCUCCCGGAACGAAGAAAUGCGGACACAUGGCGGGGAAAGUUCUCGUUCCUAUUCAAGAGCAUAUUAAUCGACUUGUAGCGAUUCGUUUGCAGUUUGAUAUUAUGGGAGUGGAGAAUCUUGUUGUGUGUAGGACGGAUUCGGAGGCUGCGACGUUGAUUACGACGAAUGUGGAUGAGAGGGACCAUCCGUUUAUUUUGGGCUCGACGAACCCGAGGCUGAGACCGCUUGUGGUUGUGAUGAAUGAGGCGGAGGCGGCGGGGAAGGUUGGGGAUGCGUUGCAAGCUGUUGAAGACGAGUGGGUCGCGCAAGCGAAUAUUAAAACGUAUGGCGAGGCUCUCGUCGCCGCACUCGCCUCCGAAAACCAAUCCUUCUUAAACUCCCCCGCACACGCUGAGUUCCUCAGCAAAGUCCGUACACUCUCACACACCGCCGCGCUCUCACUCGCCCAAACCCACUUCGGUUUGAAGUCCCAACCGUAUUGGGAUUGGGACGCCCCGAGAACGAGGGAAGGGUUUUAUAGGUACCAAGGUGGGACGCAAUGUGCCGUCGUGCGUGCAUGUGCGUUUGCACCCUACGCAGACGCCUUAUGGAUGGAGACCAAAAAACCUAUCCUCGCUCAAGCGCGUGAAUUCGCAGAAGGCGUACACGCCGUCCAUCCACACCAAUGGCUAGCCUACAACCUCUCCCCUUCCUUCAACUGGGAAGCCGCAGGUCUCGGUCCAAGCGAAAUGAAGUCCUACGUCUGGGAACUCGGGAAACUAGGUUUCGUCUGGCAAUUUAUCACUCUCGCUGGGCUUCAUUCUACAGCGUAUAUAUCUGACUUGUUUGCGAGGGCGUUUAAGGAUGAGGGUAUGAAGGCUUAUGUGGAGAUUGUGCAGAGGAGGGAGAGGGAGAUUGGGUGUGAUGUUUUGACGCAUCAGAAGUGGAGUGGGGCGGAUUAUGUGGAUGGGUUGUUGAAGACUAUUACGGGGGGUGUGAGUUCGACGGCUGCUAUGGGGAAGGGGGUUACGGAGGAUCAGUUUACGGCUAAGGUGAAGUUGUAAAGUGGGAGUGGUGAACAAAAAAGAUGACGAUUUUGUUAUGGUUUUAAUGUUUAGACUGUUUUCUCUGUUUCUGUUAAAAGUGUAUGCACUAUGUAGUAUUGUAUGUACUCAUACCUUUUGACAAUGUCUUGCAAUCAAAAGUUCUUGUCC